CGCCGCCGCGCUCCUCGGACGGCGCCCACGGAGGCCGCGAUGCUGCUGGAGCGGGUCCGCGCCGGCUCGGAGAAGGCAGCGGAGCUCUGCCCCUUCCCGCGGAGCCCAGAGAUCCCGCUGUGCGCCGGCUGCAACCAGCACAUCGUGGACAGGUUCAUCCUCAAGGUCCUGGACCGGCACUGGCACAGCAAGUGCCUGAAAUGCUCCGACUGCCAGACGCAGCUGGCCGAGAAGUGCUUCAGCCGCGGGGACGGCGUGUACUGCAAGGAGGACUUCUUCAAGCGCUUCGGGACGAAGUGUGCCGCCUGCCAGCAGGGCAUCCCCCCGACCCAGGUGGUGCGCCGGGCCCAGGACUUCGUUUACCACCUGCACUGCUUCGCCUGCAUCGUCUGCAAGCGGCAGCUGGCCACCGGCGACGAGUUCUACCUCAUGGAGGACAGCAGGCUGGUCUGCAAGGCGGACUACGAGACGGCCAAGCAGAGAGAGGCUGAAUCCACGGCCAAGCGGCCCCGCACCACCAUCACGGCCAAGCAGCUGGAGACCCUCAAAAACGCUUAUAACAACUCUCCCAAGCCGGCGCGGCACGUCCGGGAGCAGCUUUCAUCGGAGACGGGGCUGGACAUGCGGGUGGUGCAGGUCUGGUUCCAGAACCGCAGGGCCAAGGAGAAAAGGCUGAAGAAGGACGCGGGGAGGCAGCGGUGGGGUCAAUACUUCAGGAACAUGAAGCGAUCCCGGGGGACAUCCAAGUCCGACAAGGACAGCAUCCAGGAGGAGGGGCCCGACAGCGACGCCGAGGUCUCCUUCACAGAUGAGCCCUCCAUGUCAGAAAUGAGCCAUUCCAAUGGGAUUUACAGCAAUCUCAACGAGGCAUCCCCCGCUCUGGGGAGACAGGCCGGGACCAACGGGAGCUUUGCCCUGGAUCCCAGCGGGAUCCCGGCCCAGGACCAGUACCACGACCUGCGCUCCAACAGCCCCUACGGGAUCCCCCAAUCUCCAGCCUCCUUGCAAGCACUGCCAGGCCACCAGCCUUUAAUCUCCAGCUUGGUUUACCCCGACAACGGCUUGGGCAUGAUGGGACAAAGCGGACAAGGGGUGCCCCAGCCCAUGAGGGUCCUGGCUGGGAACGGCCCCAGCUCCGACCUGUCCACCGGCAGCAGCGGGGGGUACCCGGAUUUCCCGGCCAGCCCGGCCUCCUGGCUGGAUGAAGUCGACCACGCUCAGUUUUGAUACAGGAUCCACCACCCUGCAGUGGGAAGGGGAAGGACUCGGUGCUGUUGAACCCUUGGAAUGAUGGAAGGCCGGGCUGUGGCUGCCGAGUGGGGACA